AUGAACCUACUGCGCCUAACCACCCGCCAUCUAAAACCAACACUGUCCAGCGAGCAAAGACUCCAAUUCCAAGUAGGAAGAAGACCCGCCAUGUCAACAUUCACAUUACCAGGGAGUAACCUCCCCGUGAAUAGCACACCCGACCUCAGUCGCGAGGAUCUGCUCGCAUUCCCAGCAUUCAAGGUGUGGAUCGCGACGCUGCAGCGCUCCCUAGCUCGGCAGCAGCACCCGUCGCACGAGUUCCACCAUGAUCCCUACGUGCUGCGCAAGAUGGAUAUCCAGUCGGUGGACCGCUUCGGCGGCGAGCGGCUGGGGUUUGUGAAGCUCAAGGCCGAGGUGUCGAAUGCGCAGGGCGAGAAUUUGCCGGGGAGUGUGUUUUUGCGUGGAGGGAGUGUGGGUAUGCUUCUCAUCUUCCAACCGGAUGAUCUCCCCGCCGCCCAAGAAUCAGGCAAACAAGCCAUCCUCACCAUCCAACCCCGCAUCCCCGCCGGCUCACUCGCUUUCCCCGAAAUCCCAGCGGGCAUGCUUGAUGACAGCGGGACGUUUGCGGGCGGCGCGGCGAAAGAGAUCCACGAAGAGACGGGACUAUCCAUCCCACAAAGCGAGCUAAUCGACAUGACGUCUCUGGCGCUGCAGGCUGUCCAGGAACAUGAGGAUGGGGAGUCCCUUCAGCGGGCAGUGUAUCCGUCUGCUGGGGGCAGCGAUGAAUUCAUCCCACUGUUUCUGUGCCAGAAGCGGAUGCCACGCGCGGAGAUCGAGACUCUGCAGGGGAAAUUGACGGGGCUGCGGCAGCACGGGGAGAAGAUUACGUUGAAGGUGGUACCGUUGGAGGAUCUGUGGAAGGAGGGCGUGCGCGAUGGGAAGACUUUGGCGGCUUGGGCGCUUUAUCGGGGGUUGAAGCAGGAGGGGAAGAUCUGUUACACUAGUUACCCAGUGAUAUCCCCGUGA